AUGGCUGCAAAUGAAGAGACAAGGCAUUCGCAAAGCGGUUUUAAGACAGUUUUGCGUCAAAACACAUUUCUUUUCAUACAAAGAUUUGGGAAUACACUAAACCAUGCAGCAAAUUCAUCAUCAUCGCUUCAAACAGCAAUUUCAAUAGAGGGUGAAGAAAAAGACUUCAGAAAAGAUUUGAAAGGAAGUGGUUGCGGUAGUGGACAAGAAAUAAUGCAAUGCUAUUUGCUCAUAUCUCUUUUCGUUUGUGUAAUAAUGAUAGUAACUGGAGGAACAAACAUUCAAAACUGUCCAGCCGAUAAUUACCUUCCGGUUUGGAUGAUAAUUUAUGGAUGUACUGGUAUUGCGGUCGGAUUCACUGUCACUUGUUUAGGAUUCCCCGAGCAGCACGAUUAUAUCCGAUUUUCACAAAAGUACAGCAUAUUAAUAAUGAAGGAAUAUUCUACUGUCCUCAAUCACUGUAUUUGCUAUCUUUCAUAA